UCAGGCUGUGGAGAAGCCGCUGGCGGCCCCGGGUGUGCGGGACGCGGUGCCUGGGCAACGGGGCCUGGCUCGGACCUUACAGCACACGGACUGUGGAAAGUAGAGCAGGCCACUGAUCAGAUGCAAACAGAAUCUUUACCUUCAUGUCCCAACACUGUGUCACCGGUGAGGUUAAAUAAUCUGAUCGGUUCUCCAAGGUUUGGAACAGUUACUCCAAAUCGUGUCUUUGUUGGAGGAAUUGAUUUUAAGACUAAUGAAAAUGACCUGAAGAAGUUUUUUGCUCAGUAUGGCAGUGUGACAGAAGUGAAGAUAAUAAAUGACAGAGCUGGAGUAUCAAAGGGGUAUGGCUUUGUUACAUUUGAAACCCAAGAAGAGGCACAGAAGAUUUUACAAGAUGCUAAAAAACUCAACUAUAAGGAUAAGAAAUUGAAUAUUGGACCAGCAAUAAGAAAGCAAGUGCGAAGUCCUAAUGCUCGUUCUGCUGUGACACCACAAACUGGUACAAUGUAUGCAACUACUGCUGUAUCACCAGAAGCUGGUACAAUGUACUUGACCACUUCCAGUGGAUAUCCAUAUGUUUACCAUAAUGGAGUGGCUUAUUUUCAUACAUCUGAAGUCUCUCCUGUUCAGCAGCCAUGGCCAUCUCGAUCUGUUUCCAGUUCACCUGUGAUGGUUGCUCCACCUGUUUAUCAGUCUCCUACAUACCACUAUCAGGCACCAACACAGUGUCUUUCAAGUCAGUGGCAGUGGUCUGUUCCACAGUCUCCUACCUCUUCACCCCCACUCCUGUAUCUGCAACCAUCUGAAGUCUUCUAUCAACCAAUAGGAAUUAACCAGGAGGGUGGAUGUAUAUCACCACCUCUCCUAAUGGAAGCUGCAGUUCCUGAGCUGUAUUCUGAUCAUGGAGUUCAAACACUACAUCACCAGCCCUAUGUCCAGAGUCACAUAGCCAUGCCUGCAGCUGAAUUGAGGUCGCAUUCUGUGAGAAGAAAUGUUCUGCAUCAUUCAUCUGUGAGUCUGAAACCUCAGUAUGCAUGAAGUCGUCAGUUUCAUCCUAGAAAAGAUUACAGAAUGGAAGAUGAAAUUUUACACUACCUUCUACAGAUGCUGUAAAACACUGGGUUUUUAGCUGUGUAUUUUGCUAAAAUACCUGUCACAGGGGAGGGUAUGUUCUUCCUAACUUCUGACAUUUCCCUAUAGGUUCCCAGUUAAAAUACCACCACUUUUUGUCAAGUAAUAACAUGAAAUUUUAUAGUUUGGUCAGGUAAAACCACGUGAAAUAAUAAUUUUAUCCCUGGACUUCCUUUCUUGAUAGAAAUCCUGUUACAGGACAAAAAGGUGAUUUCUGAAACAUAGCCUGCUGUAUGUAUUCCAGUAACUAACCCAGACUGAAAGCCAGCAUACUUCUACUAAAGGGAUAUUGUCACCUUUAAUUUCUGGGCUGCAUAAACUUUAAAGAUAUUUUAGUUACAAAGUUGAAGCCAUUUUGCCACAUACAGCAUUUUUGUACUGUGGAUAAAAUCUGGUUAUUUAAAUCUAUGUGAAUUUCAUUUCCAUUCCAAAACAAUUUGUCUAGCUUAAUUCUUCUUGCUGUCAGUAUUCUCUACUUUUAUAAGGUGUUGUACUUGUGUGUCAUUUUAGUGUUUGCAGUUACAACUUUUUAAAAUAAAAUUUGGACCCCUAGUUGAAUAAUGAAUUGUUCUCAUCCUAAUAUUUUUCUCUCAUGCAUUUGGUUUUAUAGUAUGUUUUUAGCUAUAGAAAAAGGUAAGAAUUAACUACUUGAAUUAGAAAAAACAUUGAAAAUUUCUCUUCGCUUCUUUGACAUUUUCUGUUGUCUGUAUGAAAAUAAGGCAGUAACAGAAAUUGAGAUGAAAUACUAUUUUUUUUCCUUGAUCCAGGAAAAUAAUUUUGUUUUUUGGUAGUGGUGGGUUGUUUGUUUUUUGGUUUUUGUUUCUCCCCUCACCUCCUAGGGUUCCUUCUAUUCAUUACAAAAGUCAGAUUCCCCAAAGGUUGAAAAUGCAGCCUCUCUAUUAACAGGAGUGCAUGGUAUGGGUUAUUGCUUCUUUUGCACUGAAAACUUUAUUUUUUAAUAUCUAAAAUAACCUUGAGCUGUUCAAUUUUAUUUGUUUUGUAGUAAUUUGGGGGUUUUCUUUCUGUGUGGAUUUGUUUUGUUGGUGCCUUUUACCUUUUAAUCAUUCAGAGAUCUUGCCAGGUGAACACUGUAGUCAGUGACUAUUCCAUGUAUGAUAUGUAAAUCUCUUUAAAGAUUUUUCUAAUGUUCAAUAGUGCUAUAUGUGUUGUCCAGGAAGAGAGUUGGAGUCCGGUUAUGGUUUUAUGCUGUAAUGAAAUCGUUAGGAAGGGAGAUGCCAUGUACUAGGUUUUGGUUGCAAGUUUCCUCAAGUGACUUUCAUUCUUCAAGCACCUUCUACUAGGUAGAAAAAUCUACAUAAAUAUAAUUUUAAUAGCUUCACUUUUUAACAAUUUAUUGCUAUAGCAGCUGUAGUUGAUUGUUUUACCAGUAAGUACCAAAAGAAGUAUACAAUUUUUUGGAGACAUUUUGAGCUCAGUCUGUUUAUGAAGGGGGAAAUAGUAAUUUGUUUUAAGUUCUCAUGUUUCUGAGCAAGUCUGUGUCACUAAAUACCUCCGUACAGUUCUGUUUAAUUGUCACAUUUUAGAGCUGAUCAAUACAAAUAUAUCAUAAAAAUAUUGGCUCAUCAAAGCCGUAGUUCAUUUCCAUGGAAGAAUUUUUACAUAGUAAAUAUUUUUUAAUGAAGUUUUAUCUCUGAAGGUACCAAAGAAAGAGAGUGUUCUGAUGGAGCCUUACUUCUUGUGUCAGGAAACACACAUUUGACCCAGGAUUCUGGAGAUUUAGUCCCAAGCCCUUAUUUUGGAAUCUGCACUUAGUUUACCAAAUGUGGCUUGCCUGUUUUUGAUAAUGCUUCAGAGAUUCAAGAAUUAAAUUUUAUAGUGAGUACUAACUUAAGAGUGCUUAGAGGGAAGUCUCUUGAACUAAUUGCUUGAAAGUGUAUGAAUACUGUGCAGUCACAUGUCAUCAGAUUGUGGCUCUACUCCAGACACUCACAAAAUGUAGUUUAUUUUCUCUUAAUUGGUGCAGAUGUUUGAUUGUUGAUAAUGAGUUGAUCCCAUGGCCUUUGCUUCACAGAUCACUCACUGUCUUUUUCCUUGCAUGUGAACUUGUUUGUAAGGAUAUUCAGUGUCAGGCACUUAACUAUCCCUGCAGUGUUCCCCUGUGGGGUGUGUAACAUCAGUCUGGAGGUACUGUUAGUUAGGAUUGUGUCUUCAGGUCUUAACAAAGCUUUGUUUUGAUUUGAGAGACUGGGAAGAAACCAAGUAGCUCUGAAUAUUGGUUUUUCUCCAGGAACUGGCAGUCACUGUUGAAAUACUGAGGCCUUUUCAUUUAUAGUGUAGCUCAUCUUUCUUCAGAAUGCUUGCCAAGAGUGAUGGCAUAACAUCAGACAGCAGUGACUGAACCAACCUUUCAGGAGUUGAAUCGCUCUGUAGGCACCAUUGAGACAUAACUGACUUACCUUUGUGAAUCCCUGUAGUUGAAUUAAAUAUGUGCUAGUUGAAUUAAGUAUGUGGUGAGGAAGAACUACAUUUCCUUAGUGCCUACAGUUGUCUGUUUUCAUGUUCUAGAGUUCAUGACUUCUUGUUCCUUUACACUGCAGGGUCUUACUCUUAUAGUUCAGCUUUUCAGAAUGUGGAGAUUCCAAUGCUGUUAAACAAUAAUUUAGUAAUUUAGUUAACUGCAGAUCUAGAGAUGAGGAUUAUGGGGGUUGGAGAAAGGGUCACGUUCUCUUUGGCCUUCUGCAGUUUCCCACUGAUAAUUGAGGCUCCACACUCAUACUUGGAGGGAAUGUAUCCCCAUGUGCCCUGAGGACAUGCAGUAACUGAUAGACAAUCAUCUUAAUGCAUUGGCUGCCACAUUCCCAUAUUAGCAAACUAUGUUAAUUUUCUGGCUUCCAACCCUUAGAAUUUAGAACUGGUUGAUAUCUUCUGUUUUCUACUGAGCUAGCUGUACCCUGUUUUUAGCAACUGCUGUCUGCUUAAUCAUACAUUUUAUUGCAGUAGGUUAGUUCUAGCAUUCUCUAUUUGAUUAACACCAGAUAAAGCCCUUAGACAAGCAGAAAGUUACUGAUGUUGUCUCUCAUGUAUUUUUACAUUUCUGGUUGUUGUUUUUUUUGUAAAAUGUAGAAUUUGCUAGUUGACUAGCAUUUUUGGUUCCUGCUGCUUCAGAUCUUAUGCAUCAGAAGUCCAUUUAUUAUCCCUGAAAAACUGUUUACAGUUUUUGUUUUAAAUUUGCAAUUCUUUAUAUUCUGAAACUGAUUUUCCAUAAGAGCUAGUAAGUCAUUGAGUAAACUGCAUUCCAGUAGUAACUGAGUAGAAACUAGCAGAACACAUGGCUCUCUUGAAAUGUUUCUCUCUGUCUAACAUAGUUAUAAAAUGUGAAAAGUUGUAUGGCUGCAAAAUACCUUGGUUUUUUUUGUAAAAUGGGUUUGUGCCUUUGUAAUGUUGAAGUACUACAGUAGGUUCAGUUCACCUGCUAACUUCCUACAUUUCCUAUUGAAUUAAAAAAUGUACAACUUAAAUCCUUAUUUUAAGGAUCCAGAAUACAGUGCCAUCUGUGCAGUCCUGCACACUAAUCCUUAUAUAGCUGU